AUGGACACCAUAAAAAGGGUGCUCCUACCAAAGGCUCAAUUUGACUGGACCAAUCUGAGGUUUCAGGAUUUUAAAUCUGUCAGUGAAUAUAACUCCACACUAUUCAAAAUUGUAUCAUUACUGAAAUACUGUGACCAAGCAGUCACAGAAGAUCAAAUGAUAGAGAAAACCCUCUCCACAUUUCAUGUGAACAAUAUUGUAUUGCAACAGCAAUACCGAGAGAGGGGCUUUAAGAAAUACUCUGAGGUGAUUUCUAUACUACUGGUUGCCGAACAGAACAAUGAUCUUCUGUUGAAAAACCAUAAUAUUAGACCAAUUGGGUCUAUGGCAUUCAAUGAAUCAAAUGUUGUUGGAAGCUCAAACCCACCUGAGGCAAAUGUUGCUCAUAGAGGUGGACAUGGAGGAUAUAACCACCGCGGUAGAGGACGUGGAAACCACCGCGGGCGUGGCCUUGGCCAUGGUCAUGGCAGGGGUUGUCUCGCCCCUAGAAACAAUAACCACAAAAGGCAUCAACAAGGAAAUAAAAAGCAGACCCCCUCAAAAGAAAAAGACACAUGCUUUAGAUGUGGCAUGACUGGCCAUUGGGGGAAAACAUGCCGUACUGUCAAACAUUUGGUAGAUUUGUACCAAGCAUCCAUAAAAGGCAAAGGAAAAGUUGUAGAGGCAAACUAUGUAAAUGAGGAAAAUACCUCAGUGCCAAGCUUUGACGUGUCUGAUUUCUUCGUGGAUAACCCUGAAAAUGGCAAUGAUUUGAUAUUUGAGUAUAAUAGUAACAUAUAG